GCAUUAUCUGUCAGCAGUCGGCUUCGAUUGCCAGUCAGUACCUCUCGUCCUCUUGCAACUGCUCUGCAUCUUUCGACAUACCUUGCGACACUUACGAUAGAUUCAUGGUGUUGGUCACCAGGUAUAAAGGUAUAUCUCGAGCUCGACCUCGCUCGCCCAAUUAGGAUGCGGGGCUGCGCCUCCCGUCCUAUCCCGUGAACAGCUUCCAAGAGCUCUGCACUGCCUUGAUUCAGGCCACCCUCAGGCAACAAAGAACACUUGUUGUGCUCAUUUUAUCACUGUCGGUCCACUCUGCACUGACUACAGCUUCUCACUCCACUCGCAUUGCCCGAAACACAUUAGCACACUCAUUGUACCUGCCCAGCAUGACGGGCCAUAGCUUCACCGCCGAGUCGGACCUUGCGAGCCACCGAUACUUCGAGCACUCGUCUGGCAAGCGCAUCGAUACCGAAGUCGUGCUCAUCGAAGCUCUACGCUCACAGUACCCCAAGCUUGAGCUCAUUGUCACCCCGGCCAAUCGCGUUUCCCUCCUCGCCUAUGCCGCUGCCGGCUUCGCAACGGCGACACCGCUCGAAGAUGGUGUCAAAGACCCGGUAUACGGCAUUGGCUUGAGGAAGCACAUGUAUGUACCACCUGCAAGGAGGCUUGAUGGCGGUGGUGGGUUCAUGGUCGAUGCACUUUCGUUUGGCAAGUUCAUGUACAAGUGGAAAGACCAGGACGCCAUCUUGUACCUCGCCGAAGGCCGGGAUGGCUCGAGUUCCUACCCAGUAACCACCAACUACUACAUCCUCACGAGUAACCCCCACAAGGUCGAUGAGUUGAUCAGAGAUGCUACGAUCUGGGGUCAGGUUCUGCACAACGAGGUGUGGGUCUUUGACCAAGGUUGGUGGCAGAAGAGCGCUCAGCUGUGGGAAGCGGUGCAGAAGGCUUCUUGGGACGACGUCAUCCUCGACGAGGACAUGAAGAAGGCUCUCCAGACCGAUGUAGAGGGCUUCUUCGACAGUCAGAAGACGUACCAGAAGCUCAAAGUUCCUUGGAAGCGAGGCAUCAUCUACUACGGUCCGCCAGGUAACGGUAAAACCAUCAGUAUCAAGGCCAUGAUGAACAGCCUGUACAAACGCGGAACGGACGGAGAUUCUAGGAUGGCAGUGCCAACACUUUACGUCCGCACAUUGUCCUCAUUCAUGGGACCGGAGUACUCGCUGGGCCAGAUCUUCGCCAAGGCGCGUCAAGAAGCACCAUGCUAUCUCGUCUUCGAAGACCUCGACUCCAUCGUCAGUGAUGAUGUGCGGUCCUACUUCCUCAAUGAGGUCGAUGGCCUCAAGUCCAAUGACGGCAUUCUUAUGGUAGGCUCGACGAACCACCUCGACAGACUCGACCCUGGCAUCUCAAAGCGACCCAGCCGCUUCGAUCGCAAAUACUACUUUCCCAAUCCUAGCUAUGCUGAGCGAGCCCAGUACUGCAAGUUCUGGCAGGGCAAGCUUGCAGACAACAAGGACCUGGACUUCCCUGACAAGCUCUGCGACAGUAUUGCAGCAAUUACUGACGAUUUCUCCUUCGCGUACAUGCAGGAGGCUUUCGUCGCCUCUCUACUUGCCAUUGCUGGAAAUAGCGGCAAAGAUAAGCAUGAAUUAGAGAAGAACGCACGUCGUUGGGCAGGUCCCCAGAAUCCAAUGCAUCCUGCCGAUAUGCGAUCCCGCGAUUUGCAGUUCCGUGCAGCUGGAGGCGGCAGUGAGGGCCCUGACAUCAAGCACUUGGAGCUCUGGAUUGAGAUGCAAAAGCAGGUUAAGAUCCUGAGGGACGAGAUGGAGGAGAGACAACUAUCUGAGCGUAUGGAGGCCAUGUUCCCGUCUCAGCCGCCUAGCAGGCAAGUUGAGGUCCGUGAUAAGCGCAUUCCACAGGGACCGCUUCACGCAGACGGUCUUGAGCUGCUCAGGAAGUACCGUGACCAGCUCGAUGCUACCUUGCACCAGCAGCAGAAGCAGGUUGGAGCAGCAGAUCCCAUGAACUCCCUCAGCGGUGCAUUCAAGAGGUACAUGUGAGGCCAUAAUUUGCUCUCUUGGACAUUUGAUACCUACUUCGCUAUGUAUUCACGACCCAGUAAUGCAGCACCGGCUUCUUCCCAAUCUUCCAGUCUCGUUCAAAUGUACAACAGUUGCAGCAGCAGCUUCCCAAAGUCCAUGCCCCCAAACGCCGCGCUAAAUAACUAUGUCAGGAUAUCUUACGCUUACAGGAAUGUGCACAAAAGCACCGCUCAUACCAAGCUCGUGCCAAUUCGCUCAAUACCCACACGUAGCACACUGCAAACAUGUCCUCACAUCCCCGACCACCGCACAGGUCCCACAAACACUCCUCCCACACUCCCUGCACGCAAACGCCCCCUCGUUUCCCAUCCCAUCCAUGUCCAUAUCGAUAUCCAUCCUGCCUUCCUCAACUUCAAGCCGCGCAUCGCAGUCCUCGCACCGCGGUCCUUGCCACCCGAUUUGUGCGUGUGGCGUUUGGUACGAGAA